GGCACAAUUACAUGAGCCGAAUUUAAAGAAGAGGUGCACGCGCGUAAAUACCGACAGAGCGGAAGAGAGAGAGAGAGAGAGAGAGAGAGAGAGAGAGAGAGAGAGAGAGGCAGAUUACAGAGGCGCAGAUAAAAAUGCCAGGUUUGUGCGUUCGGAGUGGGUAAAGGUCGUCGGUGUCUCCGUUUGGCUGAAGCAGAAGCAGAACAGAGCAUUUGUUGGUUUGUUGACAAAUUCCCAGAGUUGCUGAAGCUCCUCCUCUCAGUGAUGGAGCGGAGUCGGAACCUCCUUAAUUACUAAUUUCUCCUCAUCCGAGCCCGGCUGCCCCCCCCCCGCCCCCCCCCGGCUGUCUGUGUUCUCUCUCUCCACUCGUCCGUCCAUGCUCCUCUCAUCCUGACCUCCUCUCUCUCUCUCUCCUCUGUCUCUCUUUCGUUUCCAGCCCAGAUAACGGAGGUGCGCGAGCCCGGAGUAGUUCUUCUUCUUUUUUUUUCUUAUUAUUUUGCUGGUUUUUGGAGAGACACCCGCCACCGGGCAUGGAGGAUGUAAAAGACCCCCCGACCGUCCACCGGUCCUCCUCCUUCAGCAUCAAGAGCCUCCUGCUGCCCUCCAAGUGCGACAGACCGGACUCCGCCGCCGCCGCCGCGGUCCUCGGUGUCCCGGGCACCCUGUCUCCCUCUCCGGGCUCCGACUCAGACAAGUCCCUGGAGCCGCCGGAUGCGGACUCCGCGGCCGCCGCGGCUCUGGACCCGGAGAAACCGGGCAAGGAGGAGCAGGGGGAAGAGGAGGAGGAGGGCGGAGGGGGCGGCGGCGGAGGGGACGGCGGCGCCAAGGCGACACCGGAGCAGAACAGCACCGGCGCUAACAGCGGCAAAAACGGUAAAUACGACAAGCCUCCUUUCAGCUACAACGCCCUGAUCAUGAUGGCCAUCAGGCAGAGCCCGGAGAAGCGGCUGACGCUCAACGGCAUCUACGAGUUCAUCAUGAAGAACUUCCCGUAUUACCGGGAGCACAAGCAGGGCUGGCAGAACUCCAUCCGCCACAACCUCAGCCUCAAUAAGUGCUUCGUCAAGGUGCCCCGGCACUACGACGACCCGGGCAAGGGCAACUACUGGAUGUUGGACCCGAGCAGCGACGAUGUUUUUAUCGGGGGGACCACCGGGAAGCUCCGCCGGCGGUCCGCCACCUCCCGGGGCAAACUGGCCAUGAAACGCGGGCUGCGCUUCGCUCCUCUGGGUUUGGGGAUUAACGAGCGGGCGAACAACCCCCUGUACUGGCAGAUCUCCCCCUUCCUGUCCCUGCACCACCACCACCAUCACCACCCGCACUACAACGGAUCCUCCCCGGGCUUUUUGAACCAGGCCACCGGCUACGGGUCUCUGCUGCCGGCGGUGGAGCAGCUGAGUAACGGGGACCUGGGCCGCUCCAUCCUGGGCGGCUCCGCCGCGGGGGCGCUGAGUUUAACGAACACUUACGGGAUGAGCACGUCUCCGGUCGGGCUGCUGUCCGGACAGACCGCCGGCUAUUUUGUCUCAGGGACCCAGCACGCGCCCGCGUCGGCACCGGGGCCGCCGGGAGGAGCGGGUCCGCCGCCGCCUCCGCCGCCGCACCUGGCGCAGGGCGGCCCGGGGUUCGGGGGCCUGGCGGGCGGCGGCUCCCCGCAGACUCUGCUGUCGGACACGCUCAGAAACAGCUCCUUACCGGCCUUCUCCCCGGGCGUGUCCCCGGGUUUUCCUGGGGUGCUGUCCCAUCAAAAGAGAGUGACCCCAAACGCCUUCCUAAACUGACCCCCCCCCCCCCCCCCCAGCAGGACCACCUCCGUGGAUGGCACCGGGACGAGGACGCACAAAGAGACGUCAUAUUAAGGGCAAAUAAUAAGCGGUAAAUAUCAGACAGUGACGCAAAAACCUAGAAGCCGUCAACCUGUUCGGCCAUAUUCUGCCCCAAGUGCAACGGGUUUAUUUGGAUUAUUUUUAUUUUUCGCAUUUUAUUAAAAAGGGAUAAACUUUUUGUUACCCGCGGGCUGUACAACUGUAAACUAGACUUGCCAAAGGUAACUAUAAGUAUAUUUCAAGCUAUUUAUAUCUUGUACAAAGGUUUUCAGUACUUCCUUUGAGUCUUUUAUUUAUGUUUUGUAUUUAUUGUAUAUGUAUUUAAAUUCUAUUUGUCAGUGUACUCAUCAGUAUUGGGGGUGGGGGUGGGGGGUCAUAGCCCACAGGGUGGAUGAUAAUUUAUGAAUUUGGAGACAAUCAAGGACAGACAAUCAAACCCUUCUGUCUUUUUGUGGUUUUUGGGAGGGAAACAACUUUUGAAUAAUAAAUAAAGCCUUAAAUCAGCAGAAACAAUCAGGGGUUUGUGAGGAAAAAAAAGCCUAAAUCAUAUCUACUCAGGUUUGACCCUGGACAGGCCCCAGAACAAGCACCACUGUGAAGAGUUUCCUUCCAAACGGAGGAAUGAAAGAUCCAAACAGAUGGGAAAGGCUUUGUACGGGAGGAAACACAGGCCUGAAAAUGAACGAAAAUAAAGACUAAAUACUGGAGGGAAAUGUCUGCUUUGGAAUAGAACUCUUCAUGCUUAAAAUUAUGCAAAGUAAUGAAGCGGUUUUGUGUUUUCUGUUAACCCUUAAAGCCCGUUAGGCCCUGUGUGUGUGUGUGUGUGUGUGUGUGUGUGUGUGUGUGUGUGUGUGUGUGUGUGUGUGUGUGUGUGACACCUGCGCAUGUGCGUUAAGGCCCCGCCGAGCAACAAACACUUUUUUAUUUAUUUUUUGACUCCUGCUCCAGUUUAUGGUAAAAGUCUGAAAGUUACCGGAGGCAGAACAUUUGUGCUGCUGUUUUUCUUUUCUUUUCUUUUCUUUUCUUUUCUUUUCUUUUCUUUUCUUUUCUUUUCGGGCCUGACGCACACACACACCAACAUGGCUGCACGUGAAAACCUUGUAUCUCCAAAACGAUAAUUUUAUUUUAUUUUUCGUUUUUCCAGAGUAAAAACAACCAUAGCCAUGAUUUGAAUUAAAACUGUUGAAUCUCCUACAGAUUUCAUAAAACAAGUGUCAUGAACACGGCACUCAUUUGGACUCUUUUAAUAAUAAUAAUAAUAAUAAUAAUAAUAAUAAUAAUGAUAAUAAUAAUACUUUUAACUUGCACAAAAAUAAAAAAAUAAAUGGAGAUACAAGAUUUUCCGCUAAUUCUAUAUAUGCAACGUAAUAUUUAUUUAUUUAUUUAUUUGGGAGGGGAAAAAAAAGAAAAGCAGCAAAACUUCAAGAAACUCUUCCUCAUGUAUUUGAUGUCAUUUCUACAAUCUGAUAUUCACAUAAACUUGACUGAAGUGGAAGUGAAAAGACAACUGGCCACACAAAAAUAGGAUCCAUAAACUCAUGGUUUUUAGUUCAGCUUGCACCAGUUUUUCAUCUUUCUUUGCCUGUUUCUAACUCUGUCUUUUCACAGCCAUGUUUCCAAAAACUCUGGGGUUAAAAUUUUUUUGUUCUUGUUUAUUUUAUUAUUAUGUUUGAACAGGUCUAAGGACACAUUUCUAAAGUAAACAAGAGCUCUUAAACUAUAAUUUGUUUUAUUUGUCUCUAAAGCAACAGAAGACUAAAAACAUGUUAUUAGAGUUUUUAAAGCAGAACAUUUCAUCCAGUUGAACAUUAUUUGGAAAAAGUAACACUUUCCAUUUAUUAAAAUGAAUAUAUGCAGUAAUAAGCAUUAACUAACAGUUAAUUAAAUGUGAAAUAAUGUGUCUAGUGUAAUUAAUUAAUUAAUGUGUAUGCAUUAUAACUUAUACAUUUUUAUAUUAGUCGGUUUAAUGAUAUUUAAAGAUAUUUUAGUUAGUUAGUAAUUAAUAAACAUUUUCAGAGUGUUAAUCAACGUAAUAAGAAUUAAUUGACUGCUAAUAAAUGCCUUUUAAAAAUAUUUAUUAAGGUUUUACAUUUAAUUAAGAUACUAAUUGGAGUAAAUAGUUGAAAAAUGUAAAUCCUCUGUAAAUAUUAACAAAAGACAUUUAUUAACAAAUACCUACAGUUAAUAUUUUAUUAAUUAACACAGAGUCACCACGUAUAUUAAUAAACUUUGUUUCAAUAAAGUCUAAAAUAAUUUUUACAUAAAAACAUUAAGGAAUAAUUACCAGACACAUUUCUCAGCUGUAAACUAACUCUUAGUUGAUGCUUAUUCCAGCAUUAACUCAUUUUAUUAUUCAUGUUAAUGCACUGCAAUAAAGUGUUCGCUGGAAAAAUCUACACAUUAUUAUUUCUAAAAUAAUUUUUUUUCAAAUAUAGAACAAACCAAAUCAUAGAUGUUUGACAAUCAGAGAAUGGAUCACCGAGGUAUUGAUCGGUCCAUCAUAGAUCUCAGGUUGACGCUGUCUGAGCUCUGAAACACAAACCCAUUAAAUGAAGGUUUUACAAAAAGACCCAACACUGGAAAUGAAAGCUUCAGCUUCAGCAGAAACAGGCCCGUUUCUGCCCUCAGUCCUGUUUCUAUAUGACCUCACUGCCCUAUCAGCUGAUACGUGGCCUCAGAAAACAAUAAGUCAUCCAAGAAUUGUGAAUUCUUCUUCUUUUCAAAGGCAUUUUGCUUGAACACGUCCCUGAUCUUCCAUGUGUUUUGGGCCUUUAACCAUAAAAUGAACCAGACUGGAGCUACAGGAGCUGGACUUUUCUGCUUCUUUCUCUUUGAGUGGGAAACUGCAAAUAGGAAGCAGCUGAAAUGUAAUGUUUUUUUCUCACAUAUUUUCAAUGCUGAAUUUGACAGUGGAAAACAGAGGAAGGUAUAAAAGUCUCAGACCAAACUCCAAGUUGACGUUUAGACACAUUCAGGUUGUUCCAGUUAAAAGCAUCACAUCUGUUUUUUUUCCUUUUGGUUGUAAAUGGAUGCAGUCGAGCAGGUCUGACUGAUCCUCAUUCUGUUCACAUGUUCACACAAAAAUCUGCUUUUGUAUAAUUUCCUUUUUUUUUUUUUUUUUUUUUUUGCACUGUUUGUCAGUAGCUUUCACCUGUAUGAAGUCUGUACUGUCUGUUCUGUUGCUGUUUGUCUUUAUCUUUUUCAGAGAAUUUAAAUUUGAUUUAUUAAAAUGGAUGAAAUAACCUGAA